CUAACACCCCGCUCGAUAGGAUAUCCGCAGGGAAAGCUUGACGUCAUUCGUCGCCACGACCGAACAGAUGGAGAGCUCAUACUUUACAGAGCGUGUACCAAUUGCUGCUCGAUACUCAGUUCUGUCUCGCAGCGACACAUUGAACGGCUGUUGCAGCAUCUUGAUAGGUUUACUCUGUUCGAUUGACUGCUAGCAUUACAGAUUCAGCUCCCCAAAUACUCCUAAACAUGUCGACCUCUCGGCGUCCAACCAGCCGGCGUGAGCCAGAGCCGAAUGUCACCUGCAUGGGAAUGUGCAUGUACGGCAUUGGAGCCGGGCUCCUGGGCGUUGCCGCCAUGACCGUUGGCGAAAAGGUGGAGCAGUACUUCACCGGCCGCCCUAGUUCCCUUGUUCCCGGCCGCGCUCUCGAAAGCCUCCUCAAACUCACCCCGCGUCCCGACAGCCAGAUGUUCUCGCUCAAUGUCUUGAUGAGUUACACCCAGGGCGCCGUGGCGGGUGUGGCUCGUGCCAUGAUGAGUUUCCACGGGAUCCGGGGGCCCAUUGCGGACUUCUUGUUCGUCGGGGUGAGGCUGGCAGUUGAUCAGGCCCUGGAAGUUUGGAGUGGGGUUGGCUCGUGGCCUUGGAACUGGCCGCCGAGCGAGCAAGCCUAUGAAUUGCUACAUAAGACGGUGUAUGCAUUGUCAACAGGAUACCUGGUGGACUGUUGGCUUCAUUGAAAGCUGGGGUUUACAUUGGUAUACUUGAUCAUUGCGGCACUCUGAAAAGACCAUAGGUUCAGUUACUUCACGUCCGCAUGUACAUUAGGUAUAUCCAGGUAUAUAACUUUUUCUAUGUUGAAUGGAGGCGUUAUGGUCUGGCUCUUGACUCUGGAUUAAUCGGAAUUAAAGAGAAUUUUUGGUACUGGUCUUGAUUAGCACAGUAAUGAAUACACAGGUACCAAGCAUGGAUCCAGAUAUAUUCAAAAACUCACGUCACAGAUGCUACAAUGUCUUCAACCCAGAAAGAUUUGAUCAGGAGAGAAUAACAUGCCAGAAGAGUCCACCAAGAUAUAGUCCUUUGUGUCCAUCUCAUAUAUGUUGAUCAGAUCAUCGUGAUGUCUGGUUUACGGUGAACCCCCUGUAUGUUGAAUUUCCAUUUGACAAUUCUAUUUCAAAGUGACUCCGCACAUGCGAGUUGGAGCCUCCUGUGUCAACAGUGAUAUAUGUGUCCUGCUCCAAAUCAAGGGCAGAUCCCCGUCUAUCCACAUUAGCCUCGCCGACCGGCCAUGUUGGAAGGUAGUAAUACUAUUUCAGAUGCACGGAGCAUUGAGGACUACAUGUGCGAGCCGGAUCCCAGCUACUCCUCCAGCGACGCUCAGCCGUACGGCAGUAUCAAUGAGUGACGUGUUUAGUCAAAUUCAGCGGUAUCAGCUAUUGGGUACUGUUGGCGACCCUCUUAACAAGGCGUCUGGUGAUCUCUUUGGGUUUCGUCAUGUUUAGCUUAAUGCGCCCUGUGCUUCAAGUCCUUGACACUUUUGGAACUCAGGGUUCGAAAAAUUCUAGGGAUUAGUUAUCUUUUCCGGAAUAACAUAUGAAAAGAUAAAACGUCGAUUUAACAGUGGCCUCUGCUGAGGAGUGGAUCAUCCUGCCCAUCCAUCCUGGAACCACCUAGACAGGUUGCAAGUCUCUUAAAGGGACGGGGCGCGAACACAACCACCGCUCUAACGGAGAAUGCGUGGUUGUGCACGGUGCAGAGGGGGAAUGCGGAAGGGGGAAGGUGGAAGGUGUGGUCAUGGCAUGUGAGGAUUGAGUUCGUCGGCCGCAAGCGGAGAGACAGGCUCGG